ACUGAACAUGGCUACAAGUAAAGCUGCAGAUGAAAACACAGAAAAAAGAAGCAAUACAGUGUACAGUAUGGUGAUCAACCAUGAGGAAUCUCCUGGGGCUUCUCGUGCUGGCCGACCACCAGUCAUCUUCAACCCAGACUUUUUUGUCGAGAAACUCCGCCAUGAGAACCCAGAUGUUUUCCUGGAGCUGGUGCUCAGUAAUAUUACUAGACUAAUUGAUCUUCCUGGGUCAGAGUUUGCACAGCUUCUGGGAGAGGACAGCCCCAAGACCCCAACAGGCGGAAAUGGAGGAUUUUUCCGUUCUUUCAACUUUCUUAAACGCAAAGAUAAGGGCCUUGUGUUUGGAACCUGUCUGACAGAAAGCUGCAUGGCCCAGAUGUACAAGCUUAUUGAAUACCUCAGUAAAAAUCUGCAUGUUGAGGGACUGUUUCGGGUGCCUGGAAACAGUGUUCGACAGCAGGUCCUGAAGGAGCUCCUCAACAGUGGGGCUGAUUUCAACCUGGAGUCUGGGGACUUUCAUCCCAACGAUGCGGCCACGCUGCUGAAGACUUUCCUGGGAGAGCUGCCGGAGCCCCUGCUGACACACAGACACUUUCAUGCUCACCUCAAAAUAGCUGACAUGACUCUGUUUGAUGAACAAGGCAACAAGACCACGAUACCCAACAAGGAGCGUCAGAUUGAAGCCCUGCAACUUCUUUUCCUGCUCCUACCUCAGGCUAACCGCUCACUGCUCAAACUGCUGCUGGACCUGCUUUACCACACCGCCAAGCAGCAGGACAAGAACAAGAUGUCCUCCUUCAACCUGGCCCUCAUGUUUGCUCCACACGUCCUCUGGCCUAGACAUAUGACAGCUGGUGACCUUAAAGACAAUUUGAAGAAACUAAACAGCAGCAUGGCUUUUCUCAUCAAACACUCACAGAAACUCUUCAGGGCCCCAGUCUACCUGCGGGAAUAUGCUAGAAUGCAUUUCAUUGGGACCAAGGCUCUGCAGACCAAGGAUGAUCUGGAGCUUCUGGCGACCAACAGCUCUCCUGCUCAGCGGACAGUACUACCUCUGAAGAGGGCAGCUGCUCUGGGCCCCGGCUCUCAGGAGCAGUGUCAGUCACCAGCUAACCAAUAUACAGAGGAGGCUUUGAAGGAGCUCUUCAGACACGUCCACCACAACAUGCCAGACUCUGCCAAGAAGAAGAAACUUGUUAGACAGUUAGUCAAACAGACAAACUCUGGGACACGUACCAAUGAGGGCAGCCAGGUCCCUCCAGCUCCCAGCAAGAAACACCCGCGUUCCCGCUCCUUUGGUGGCCUCAUCAAGCGCAAAGCUCGAGGUGAGCAGCUGACAGCAGAGAGACGAGUCAGACACAUCUCUCCUGAUGCUCUCACCAGAACUGUAAGAAAAUCUGAUAAAGAGAACGACAUCUUACAAGCAGUAAACAGCCCUUUGAGCGGUCUUGUGUUGGGAAAAGCAGGACUGGUAGUAAAAAACCCAGAUUUUGCUUUUCACAAAGACAAAGCUCUGAAGGUUUCCAAGAAGGACUCGCCCUCAGAUUCCAGGAUGUGUUGCUCUCCUUCUCAGGAGAUCUCAGUGUAAAGCCCCACACCUCCUCAUCUCAGACAGGACUUUGGCAGUAUUAACUUUAUUGUUGCUUUUUUUGUUGGUUUGU